AUGGAAGUGAUCAAAGGUGAUUCCCCGCUGUUGGCGACGGCCAAAUGGUCAGGAGCCGCUGCUUCCGGUGUCGUAGCUGCCUUGGUGAUUGGAUUUCUUGGUCGUUUGCCUCCAAGCGUCAUCAUGUUCUGCACGAUGGCAUUUUUCACAGCCGAUCUCUCAAUAUUUGCCACAGUGCCCGUCGACCAAAUCUACUGGGCGCAAGCAUUUGUAGUGAGCUUAAUCACCUCAUUGGGAAUGUAA